UGUGAAAUCAUUGUUGCUUAUCAGUUUUCCAGUUUGACUGCUCAGAGACGAACGGAGAAGAUGAAGCUACUGGGAUGGUGGCUAAUGCUAGUGGGAACGCUCCGAUUAGCAUCAGUGUGGUUCGGGUUCUUCGACAUCUGGGCUCUUCGGCUCGCCGUUUUCUCAAAAGCCACAAUGACUGAAGUUCAUGGGAGGACAUUUGGAGUGUGGACUCUGUUGACCUGUACACUUUGCUAUCUCUGUGCCUUUAACCUUGACAACAAGCCCUUGUAUUUAGCGACUUUCUUAUCUUUUAUCUAUGCCUUGGGUCAUUUCUUGUCUGAAUUCCUGAUCUAUCACACCAUGGAAAUAAGAAACCUUAUGACUGUCGGAGUCUUUGCAGGAACGUCAAUCAUAUGGAUGUUGUUACAAUGGAAUUCACAUCAACGUGUGAGGACUAAGAGUUCUUAAACGCGAAAUGGCACAUCAACCUUUGUGUUUGAAAUGAUUCAAAAAGUUGCUGCUCUGAAAGUCUGAACCGUUUAGUUCUUGCUAUUAGUUAACAUCCCGAGGUUGCUGAACAGUUGGGUCUGCAAGUUUUGCUGUUUGAGCUCUCUUGAACUUGAAUCCAUUCCUAUUCCUACACAGAUUUUAUAGCCAUUUUUAGCUUUUGUUGUUGGCAUCUCAGUACCUUAAUCUUGUCAAUUCAUGUAACUCUAAUCUUGUGUUUCUGAUUCUGGAACUUACAUCAUAGUUUCUUGAUGCACUUCGAUUCA